CUCCUUUCCAUGUCUUCUCUGGAAUACGGAUAGCUAUCUGUUAUCACGGAUCAUACAAGCUUCGUACUAACGACUAGGCUUUCCUCGAGGGAAAAGCACAGCACUGUGACUCUUUGAUUCUGUGAUUCUCAUCUGUGUUUCAGGAGAUGGAUCACAUUGACAUUCUCUUUGAUGUGUUAUCUCGUUUGCCAACAAAAAAUUUAACAAGAUUAAAGCGUGUUUGUAAAGCAUGGCGCAAGCUUAUAUCUGAUCCAUCUUUCAUCAAGGUCCAUUCGGGAAAAAAAGAACCAAUAGCAGGAUUCUUCCUGCAAUGGAGGUACCGAUGGUUCUGUAAUGAUGUCAAAACCAUAAACUACAUUCCUGUAGAAGCGAAACGUUCCCAGGUUAAGCAAAUGAUUUUUGAUUUCCUGCCCCAGGAUGUUGUGUUAAUGGCAUCAUGCAACGGGCUGGUCUGUUGUCGGAGUUGCUAUCCUUUUAAGGAUCCAGCCCUUUAUGUCUGCAAUCCCUUGAACAAAGAAUGGGUCACGCUGAAGUGGAAAAGUCCUAAUAAAGAGGCCACCAUAGGUCUGGCAUUUGACCCAUGUAGAGACCUAACUGACUCCUCAACCAAGUUCAGUCUUGUCAGGGUGGAGCAAUAUAAGGCUGAGGAGGGAAUGUUCUGCUAUUCAUUUGAUAUAUACUCCUCGGAUGCUGGGGCCUGGAAGAAAUCUAGUGAGGUUUGCCAGUGUAAUGACAGUUUGUACAGAAACAAAAGCACUUUCAUUGGAGGAUCUCUAUACUGGCUAACUGAUGAUGAGAAGAUCCUCAUAUUUAACUUGGAGCAAGAAUUGUCAUGGUUGCUUCGAGUUCCUGUCCCCACAACAGAGUUCAUGUGCAUCCCUGCAGGAUGCAUAGGGGAAUCUGAAGGCAAACUACACUACGUGGCUAUCUCUGCAGGUGGAAUUCAUGUGUGGGUUCUUGAGGAUAUUUUAGAGGCAAAAUGGGAAAUCAAACAGACAACAUCUUUGAAUUCACUGGAAGCAGAGAACCCAAACUUUCUGUGCGAUCUUGGGGAGAGAGCGGCUCUCCGGGGGAACUCUCAGAUGAGCCCGUGGAUGGAUCCCAUGGCGUUUAAAGAUGGUUGGUUGCUAAUGAAGGUAUCAGGUAGGAUCUUGAUGUAUCAUGUGGAGAGUAACAAGAUGAAGCAGGUGUUUACUGUGGCUGAAUUGGAGUCUUCUUCCUUGUUUGCUGCCAUGGUGGUUCCUUAUUCCCUGAGCUUGGUUCCUCUGAAGCAGCUUAGGAGACACCUCUCUUCUCACUUUUUCUCCAAGAAAGAGAAAUGAUAAUUGCAGAUUAGCACAUAGUUUUAGGAGACCUGACUUUGAUGCUUAUAUUCAAAUAACCUUUCUUCAACCAUUUGAUGAUAAUCAGACAGGUGAAGGGUUAUACAGUCUUAUAGUUACAGUAAUGAGCAGUAUGUGAAAGUAUUAUACAGGACUUCUUCCAUUAUAAUAACUGUGUUGUGUUACAAAAGGGUCUUCUUCUUCAUUUAUACACACCAGAAUAUUCAAUCCCCAGAGUUUCUAACAACAAUGGACAACUUUGCUGAAAUAAGAAAAUAAACGUAUAAUAGCUCUAUUCCAUUGAAGAGUGUCUCCACCCCAAGCUCCAAGCAGAAGACCUGCAAAACAGAAGAAAAAUUGCAGAAAUCCUAGGGUUUCUAAUGUGCGUCGGCGCUGAGGAAGCAAGGAGAAGAAGAAACCCGAUUAAGGAUUUUCUUCUUCUGGUGUAGCAGCAGCCAAAAUGCACCGUUUAAUGAAACGGUGCGUUUGGCUCCCAUAUGGAAGCAGGCUGACAGAACAUGGGCUGCACGCAGCCCACUUCUAACGGGCCUUUUCACAUCAUGUGUUUUCAGACUUGCACGUCAGGAAUCUCAACUGUUGAGAAAUCAAGAUAUCAUGAACAGAAAAAAGAAAUCCACAAUCUAAUUCUUGUGCUCAUUGUAAAAGCAUCAAUUUAUGAUCUUUCAAGAUUGGUACAUCGGUAACGCACUCAGUUGAAGAAAUAAUUGUACGUGAACGCAAAAAGAAAAAGAAGAUAAAGAUGUAAACAGAUCAAAACUACAAAAUGAAGGUAUAAUUCACUCGUAUAUUUAAAUAGAAAGAAUUACA